AUGCUUAUUCCCAAGGCCGACCGUAAGAAGAUCCACGAGUACCUCUUCCGAGAGGGUGUCCUCGUCGCGAAGAAGGACUACAACCUUCCCAAGCACGACGAUAUCGACACGAAGAACCUUUUCGUCGUUAAGGCCUGCCAGUCGCUCGACUCCCGCGGCUAUGUCAAGACCCGAUUCUCUUGGCAAUACUACUACUACACCCUAACUCCCGAGGGCAUUGACUACCUCAGGGAGUGGCUUCACCUCCCCGCCGAGAUCGUCCCCGCGACACACAUCAAGCAGCAGCGCUCGCACGCUCCUCCCCGUGGCAUGAUGGGCGAGGGUGAGCGCGAGAGGAGGCCGUUCGGCCGUGGCCGUGGCGGUGACCGUGGAGACCGUGAGGGUGGCUACCGACGACGUGAUGCUGGCGAGGGCAAGGAGGGUGGAGCGCCUGGCGAGUUUGCUCCUCAAUUCCGUGGUGGAUAUGGCCGUGGCCGUGGUGGUGCUCCUCCUUCUUAA